CCAGACCGCAGAUCCGCGCCGCUGCGGCCAGUCUCACCUGGCGGCGCCGCCCGCCCGUCAACCCGGCCACAGCCCCAGCACCCACGGCGACAGCCGCGGCGACCGCGACAGUGGUGGAGGACGCUGCUGAGGCGAAGAGAGCGCAGCUUGGCCACCGGACCUAUUUACCGCCUUGUGGAUCGUCUGUUUUUACGAGUUUACAACUUUUAAGAACUUUCGUAUACAAAGGAACUUUUCUUAAGGCGUCUCCCGUUUAUAUUCAAUCCAAAAAAGGAUUUCGGGCAAUUUUGGGUUUUUGGUUUUGGCUCCGUUUCUAAGCCUUUUCUUUUUUCCUCCUAACUUUGGGGUUUGGGUACCCCCACUGCUUUGAAUUCCCGAGGACCUUCUGGGCCCCCACAUUAAUGAGGCAGCCACCUGGCGAGUCUGACAUGGCUGUCAGCGACGCACUGCUCCCGUCUUUCUCCACGUUCGCGUCCGGCCCCGCGGGAAGGGAGAAGACCCUGCGUCCAGCAGGUGCCCCGAAUAACCGCUGGCGGGAGGAGCUCUCUCACAUGAAGCGACUUCCCCCCGUCCUUCCCGGCCGCCCCUACGACCUGGCGGCGGCGACUGUGGCCACCGACCUGGAAAGCGGCGGAGUCGGCGCGGCGUGUGGCGGCACCAAUCCUGCUCUCCUACCCCGGAGGGAGACUGAGGAGUUCAAUGAUCUCUUGGACCUGGACUUUAUCCUCUCCAAUUCGCUGUCCCAUCCGGAGUCAGUGGCCGCCACCGUGUCCUCGUCGGCGUCAGCGUCGUCAUCGUCCUCCCCAUCGAGCAGCGGUCCCGCCAGCGCGCCCUCCACCUGCAGCUUCAGUUAUCCGAUCCGGCCCGGAGGGGACCCGGGCGUGGCGCCGGGCAGCACUGGCGGCGGCGGUCUCCUCUAUGGCCGGGAGUCUGUGCCUCCUCCCACAGCUCCCUUCAACCUGGCGGACAUCAACGACGUGAGCCCCUCGGGCGGCUUCGUAGCUGAGCUGCUUCGGCCGGAAUUGGACCCAGUGUACAUCCCGCCGCAGCAGCCGCAGCCGCCAGGUGGCGGGCUGAUGGGCAAGUUUGUGUUGAAGGCGUCGCUGAGUGCCCCUGGCAGCGACUACGGCAGCCCGUCGGUCAUCAGUGUUAGCAAAGGCAGCCCGGAUGGCAGCCACCCCGUCGUGGUGGCGCCCUACAGCGGCGGGCCUCCGCGCAUGUGCCCCAAAAUAAAGCAGGAGGCAGUCUCGUCGUGCACAGUUGGUCGGCCCCUAGAGGCCCACUUGGGCACUGGACCCCCUCUCAGUAAUGGCCACCGACCACCAGCACACGACUUCCCCUUGGGGCGGCAGCUCCCCAACAGGACUACCCCGACCCUGGGUGCCGAGGAACUGCUGAGCAGCAGGGACUGUCAUCCUGCCCUAUCGCUCCCCCCGGGCUUUCAUCCCCAUCCGGGACCCAACUACCCACCCUUCUUGCCAGACCAGAUGCAGCCACAGGUCCCACCGCUCCAUUACCAAGAGCUCAUGCCUCCUGGUUCCUGCAUGCCGGAGGAGCCGAAACCAAAGAGGGGGAGAAGAUCGUGGCCCCGGAAAAGGACCGCCACUCACACAUGUGAUUACGCAGGCUGCGGUAAAACCUACACGAAGAGUUCUCAUCUCAAGGCACACCUGCGAACCCACACAGGUGAGAAACCCUACCACUGUGACUGGGACGGCUGUGGGUGGAAAUUUGCCCGCUCUGAUGAACUGACCAGGCACUAUCGCAAACACACCGGGCACCGCCCAUUCCAGUGCCAGAAGUGCGACCGGGCCUUCUCCAGGUCGGACCACCUAGCCUUACACAUGAAGAGGCACUUUUAAAAUCCCCAAACAGUGGAUAUGACCCACACUGCCAGAAGAGAGAAUUCAGUAUUUUUUUUUUUUAAUCUUUCACACUGUCUCCCCCCUCCCAACUCCGGGGAGGGGGGGAGGGGAGAAUCCCAGCUGGAAAGCACUACAAUCAUGGUCAAGUUCCCAACAAGCCAACUUGUGAAUGGAUAAUUAGGAGACACAAGGAAACCAGAAGACCAAUCAAAGAACAGAUACGGGGUCUGUGACUGGAUCUUCUAUCAUUCCAUUGCUAAAGCCAACUUGAAUAUUCCUGGACUUACAAAAACACCAAGGGGGUGACUGGAAGGUGUGGAUAUCAGGGUAUACAUUAGAUCCAUGAGUUGUGGGGGAGGGAAGACCAGAAUUCCCUGGAAUUGUGUUCGAAGCAGUAUAAGCAUAAAGAUCACCUUGUAUUCUCUUUGCCUUCUAAAAAGCCAUUAUUAUGAUAUUUAGAAGAAGAGGAAGAAAUUCAGGUACAGAAAAUGUGUUUUUAAUAACCUAAACGAUGGUGCUUGGUGAGUCUUGGUUCUAAAGGUACCAAAAGAGGAAGCCAAAGUUCUCAAACUGCUGCAUACUUUGACAAGGAAAAUCUAUUUUUGUCUUCCGAUCUACAUUUAUGACCUAAGUCAGGUAAAUAUGCCUGGUUUACUUCUUUAACAUUUUUAUGCAGACAGUCUGUUAUGCACUGUGGUUUCAGAUGUGCAAUAAUUUGUACAAUGGUUUAUUCCCAAGUAUGCCUUAAGCAGAACAAAUGUUUUUUUUCUAUAUAGUUCCUUGCCUUAAUAAAUAUGUAAUAUAAAUUUAAGCAAACUUCUAUUUUGUAUAUUUGUAAACUACAAAGUAAAAAAUGAACAUUUUGUGGAGUUUGUAUUUUGCAUACUCAAGGUGAGAAUUAAGUUUUAAAUAAACCUAUAAUAUUUUAUCUGAA